UUUUGGCGGGAGGGAGCCAUGGCUGCUUUUGAGGGUCACAUCCAGCGUCUCCGUGAUGAAGCCACUUGCUCCAUCUGCCUGGAUUACUUCAAGGAUCCAGUGACCAUCCCAGAGUGUGGGCACAACUUCUGCCGAUCCUGCUUGAUCCAGUGCUGGGGGGAAUCGGAGGCAGAGGCUUCCUGCCCUCAGUGCAGAGAAAGAGUCCAGAGAAGGAGCCUCGUCUCCAACCGGCAACUGGCUAAUGUGGCAGAAAUAGCUAAGAAUCUCGGCCUUCAAGAGGGAAAGGAGGAAGGAGGGAAAGGAGGAGUCUGCGAGGAGCACCAGGAGCCCCUGAAGCUCUUCUGCAAGGAGGAUGAAGCCCCCAUUUGUGGUUGUGACAGAUCCAAGGAGCACAAAAACCACGAGGUGAUUCCUCUGAAGGAGGCUUUGGAGGAAUACAAGGCAGAGAUCUGUCGCCGCCUGGAGAUUCUAAGGAAAGAGAGAAGGGAAAUUCUGGCCCAUCAAGCAGCCCUGGACAAGGAAAGCAAAGACCUCCUUAAAUUAACAGAAACAGAGAGGCUGAAGACUGUGGAGAAGUUCAGAGAACUGCGCCAGUUCCUGGAAGAACAAGAGAAACGUCUGCUGAAUGAUGUGGAAGAGGUGGAGAAGGAGAUUGCAGGGAGAAGGGAUGAGCAGCUGGCCAGACUCUCCAGGAAACUCUCCUCUCUUGAGAGGAUCAUCCAGGAGAUGGAGGAGAAGAGUCAGCAGCCAGCGAGUGAACUCCUGCAGGAUGUGAGAAGGACCUUGCAGAGGUAUGAGGAAAGAGAGAGUCCAGAGAAGCCACUGGCUUUCCCUCCAGAACUGAGGAACAGGAUCUUGGAAUCCUGUGAUUUUGUGGAGGAUGCAAUGAAACAAUUUAAAGAUGCUCUGUUAUACAGAAAACCGAUUCAGAAAGAUGUUCAGUCAUUCAAAAAUCUUCAGAGAGGUAAAUUUCACAUGGAGACCCCAGUUCACGGGGGGAGGGGGACUAGUGUUUCAUGGGGGUCAAGAGUCUCUUCUGUACAGCUUGACUCUGGCCCUGCUGUUUGUACCACAAAGGCAGAGAGGGUGGACUUGAAGGUGCAGAAGGAGGAGGGGAGAGAAAUUGCCCAGAAGGAUCAGAUAAAAGAGGGAAGCGUUUCAUUCCUGCCUAGAGAGAAUUGGAAUGUCACUCUGGAUCCAGACACAGCCCAUCCCAAACUCAUCCUGUCCGAGGAUAGGAAAAGUGUGAGAAGGGGAGACAAACCUCAAGCCCUGCCUGAUACUCCUGAGAGAUUCAGUGACUGGCUUUGUGUGUUGGGACGUGAGGGAUUCACAGCAGGCAGACAUUUCUGGGAUGUCACUGAGAGAAGUGGGGAAGGGUGGGCUUUGGGGGUCGCCAGGAGAUCUGUGAGGAGAAAGGGCAUCUUCCCCUUAAGCCCUGAGUGGGGGAUCUGGGCUGUGGAGAAGAGGGGAGAUGAGUACUUUGCCUGGACAUCCCCUGAUUUCUCUCCUCUGUCCCUGAGGAAGAAGCCCAGGAGGAUCCGGGUGACUCUGGACUAUGAAGGGGGACGUGUGUCUUUUUCUGACGCUGACUCAGGAUCUGAACUCUACACGUUCUCAGGAGCCUCGUUCUCUGGAGAGACCCUCCUCCCUUUCUUUGAUCUGGAGGGAAAUUAUAAAACCCAGCUCAUUAUCUCCUGAGGGGACUAAAUCUGCCUCUCAGGCCCAGCAGGAGUUUCUCUCCAGACCAGAGUGACUGACAUAAAAACCAUUUACCCGCCAAGAGCAGGUUGGGCAGUUUUCCAAGGGCCCUUUGAGAGGAUUCAUUCCAGUCAAAAUCAGAAAUAACAGAAUAAAAAUGGGUUGCUCUUGCUUUGCAUUUUCUUUCCUUUCCCCAGAAUUCCCUCUGCAGCUUCUUAGAGAGACAGUCACACUUUUAGGAGUCCUAAUAAAUUUUCUCACCUUCAGUCUUGUUUUCCAUUUGAGAUGUCUGAUUUGGCAGAGGACAA